AUGGCGAGCUCAUUCCCUGGCAUGCGAGAGCGUCGUCCCUCGACCAGUGCUCCGAUCUCUGAGCUGCAAGGCCCAGUUGGCCCGGGCUUCUCUCGACCCAAACACAAGAGAACCUUCACCGGCUUUGGAGCUGGAGAGAUCAAGAAUGUCGAGGCUUCCAUCCCGGAACCCCAGCGUGCAGCCUGGAAGAAGUUCGCACCCCACGGCUUCAAGACCAAGGAGGAUUUUGAGAAGGAAGUCGUAAGACAUGUCGAGACAACGCUUGCUCGGAGCAUGUUCAACUGCGAUGAGACGGCAGCCUAUGCCGCUGCUAGUAUGGCCUUCAGAGAUCGGCUCAUCACGGAAUGGAACCGCACACAGCAGAGACAGACUUUUGCCGAUAGCAAGAGGAUCUACUAUCUCAGCUUGGAGUUUUUGAUGGGCAGGGCUUUGGACAAUGCCAUGCUGAACGUUGGGCUCAAGGACAUCGCGAAAGAGGGCCUCUCGGACCUGGGCUUCCGCAUCGAAGAUAUCAUUGCCCAAGAACACGAUGCUGCCCUGGGAAAUGGUGGUCUGGGAAGACUUGCCGCCUGCUUCCUUGACUCCAUGGCAUCCCUCAACUUCCCAGCCUGGGGAUAUGGGCUGAGAUACAGAUACGGUAUCUUCAAGCAAGAGAUUGUGGAUGGGUACCAGGUUGAAGUCCCUGACUACUGGCUCGACUUCAACCCUUGGGAGUUCCCUAGACAUGAUAUCGUCGUAGACAUUCAAUUCUACGGGAAUGUCAGAAAGUACCAGGAUGAGGAAGGCCUAAACAAGGUCUCGUGGGAAGGUGGCGAGAUCGUCAAGGCCGUUGCCUACGACGUGCCCAUUCCCGGUUACGAGACCCCAACGACGAACAACCUCCGUCUCUGGUCUAGCAAAGCCGCCAGCGGAGAGUUCGAUUUCCAGAAGUUCAACAGCGGUGACUACGAGAGCUCCGUGGCGGACCAACAGCGUGCAGAGACUAUCAGCGCUGUCUUGUACCCCAACGAUAACCUUGAUCGUGGAAAGGAGCUCCGCUUGAAGCAACAGUAUUUCUGGGUCGCUGCUUCGCUCUACGAUAUUGUCCGUCGCUUCAAGAAAUCCAAGCGUGCAUGGACCGAGUUCCCCGAGAAGGUCGCUAUUCAGUUGAACGAUACCCACCCAACGCUUGCCAUCGUCGAGCUCCAGCGGAUUCUCCUGGAUCUGGAGGGUCUGGAAUGGGACGAAGCCUGGAGCAUCGUCUCGCAGACGUUCGGCUACACUAAUCAUACCGUGCUCCCCGAGGCUCUUGAGAAGUGGUCUGUGCCGCUCUUCCAGAACUUGCUUCCUAGGCAUCUCCAAAUCAUCUACGAGAUCAAUUUGCAUUUCCUCCAAAGCGUUGAGCGUAAAUUUCCGAACGAGAGAGAUCUGCUCGCCCGCGUAUCGAUCAUCGAGGAAUCUCAACCGAAGAUGGUUCGCAUGGCCUUCCUGGCAAUCGUUGGCUCCCACAAGGUCAACGGUGUGGCUGAGCUUCACUCGGAUCUCAUCAAGACCACUAUCUUCAAGGACUUUGUGAAGGUGUUUGGACCUGACAAGUUCACCAACGUGACCAACGGGAUCACGCCCAGACGUUGGCUGCACCAGGCCAACCCGAGACUCUCCGAAUUGAUUGCGAGCAAGACCGGAGGCCAUGGGUUCCUCAAGGAUCUCAACAACCUCAACGAACUCGAGAAGUGUGUUGAUGACAAGGAGUUCAAGAAGGAAUGGGCUGAGAUCAAGUACGCCAACAAAGUCCGGCUCGCGAAGCACAUCCAAACGACCACCGGUGUUACUGUCAAUCCCUCGGCGCUGUUCGAUAUUCAGGUGAAGAGAAUACACGAGUACAAGCGUCAACAGAUGAACAUCUUCGGGGUCAUCCACAGAUACCUCACCAUCAAAGCCAUGUCCCCCGAGCAGCGAAAGAAGCUGGCACCCAGGGUCUCCAUCUUUGGCGGCAAGGCUGCUCCCGGAUACUGGAUGGCCAAGACUAUCAUCCACCUCGUCAACAGCGUUGGUGCGGUGGUGAACAAGGACAAGGAUGUUGGUGAUCUCCUGAAGGUCAUCUUCUUGGAGGAUUACAACGUUUCCAAGGCCGAGAUCAUCAUCCCUGCCAGUGAUAUCAGUGAGCAUAUCUCGACUGCCGGAACCGAGGCCUCUGGAACGUCCAACAUGAAGUUUGUGCUCAACGGUGGAUUGAUCAUUGGUACCUGUGAUGGAGCCAACAUUGAAAUUACCCGCGAGGUUGGCGAGAACAAUAUCUUCCUCUUCGGCAACCUGGCCGAGGAUGUUGAGGAUCUCCGCCACGCCCACAACUACGGCUCUCACAAUCUGGAUCCCGAUCUCAAGAGCGUCUUCGAGGCGAUCAAGAAGGGGAUGUUUGGCGACGCCGGCACCUUUGGUGCUCUGGUUGGCGCCAUUGAAGAUCACGGCGACUACUAUCUGGUGUCGGACGACUUCCACAGCUACAACCAGACCCAGGCGCUCGUUGACGAGGCGUACAAGAACCAGGAUGAGUGGCUCACUAAGUGUAUCACGAGUGUUGCUCGGAUGGGCUUCUUCAGCAGUGAUCGUUGCAUCAACGAGUAUGCGGAGAGCAUCUGGAAUAUUGAGCCUCUGCCACCGAGCAAAUCUGCUGAUUUGGGUAUGCAAAAGGAUGAGCUGUGA